ACCCGUUAAAAUCUGGCCGCUGGAACAUGGAGUUGGUGGGAGUAAAUUCCCCUGAUCCUUCGGAAUUCGGAAUACCAUUAUUCCAUUAACAACUAAUAACAACCAAUCCCUUCACCCUUCCCGGGAAUUUUGUGUGAUAAGACCAGGCCCCAUGUUGUGAGUGACCUUGUAGCGGCAAGUGUGGCACGCACUCGUGUGUUACAUUGCCGGCAUUCGUUUUUCCUGUCUGGUCUUCCGUUUCUGUCAUUAUGAAGCGUGAUUUCAUACCAGAGACAGAAGCCAUUAUUCCUGAGGGGGGGAUCAUGUCACCUUGUGAGAAGCCAGAGAAUCAUUCCCAAUUCUGCGAUGUGACUGAUCUCUGUCUUGAUCAUUUUCCUGAUAAAUGGCGAGAUGAGAAGGUGCUUCAAGAUUUUCAGGUACUGUCAAAGUAUGUGGUUCGCCUCACUGUUCUCAUGCUUAGCCCAGAUAGAAUGAUGGCCUGUAGUGUCCAUCGCCACGGGUCUGGCUUCCUUACCAUUGACCUGGAGAAUGGUGCCUUAGUACACACAAGCAAACAUGUGGUGUGGGAUCCUUUAGAAGCAAAGCACACUGUUGUGCGCUUGUUUUAUGAUGAUGAGGAAAAGGAAACUAUUUACACCAGUCUUGGCAUCAAUAGUUUGCAAGAUCGUAUCCUUGGAAGAGUUGGGUACCAACUUCCCGCCUCCUUUUUGGCACAAAGUCCACAGAGUAGAGGUCUGUUUCUGACCCGAGGCAGUACACGCUACUUUAGAUCUGUAAUGGACAGUGACUACACAGUUUUCUCCUGUGAGCUUCCAGUACAUGAACUGUUUCCAUUACAAGACCAGUCUCUGCUAGUGUCAGCGUGUUCAUGGUGGAAUUUCAGCUUGAGGCGAUUCAUGAUGUCACGACCAGACAUCGAUGUGGCCAUCAUUAGCCAUCCCCAUGGGGAGGCAAAGAAAAUUUCAUUUGGCAAGAUGACCCGUCUGAUGGGUGUUACUCCAGCGUUAUAUGAUGCCCCGACCUGUGGUGGAUCCAGUGGCGCCCCCGUGAUCAGAUUGAACUCUGACAGUGCCCACUACCUCAGCGCUGGCCAGUUUGUGCAUCAUGGCCACAACAAAAGUCGAUUGAACUUGGGAAUGGGCACUGUGAGGCCACCAGUGCUGUUUCCCUACUGGAAACGGCUAGAUACAGAUUCUCGCCUGUACAGUGCCGUCUCUUUGCUGUAUGAGCCAGUGUUCUACUGGACAUUGGUCAUCUGUGACCUCAUGCAUGUGACGAGCACAGUGAAAAGCUCCAUUGAUGUGUUUGCGUACACCAGCAGUUUCUCUGCCUUUGCUCUGACAGUGAAUUCAUGGCCAUUUUUGCUGCUCAACUCAUGCUUCUGGCUCCACUUAGGACUGACAUGUUUGUACAGAUGGAAGCAAAUCGGUGCCUGGUUAGCGGUGUGUCAGCUGCUGAGUUCGCUGAUAAACACUUCUGCUUUCCUGGUAGGAUGGACUCUCCUCUGUCUGCCAUCCCCGUGGUCUAACAUGUUCCUUGUCUCAGGUGUCUGGCUGGUUCUCAUCUACUUGGAAAGGCAUCUAAGACUUUCAUCACGGUUUACGACUGCAACGUUGGGUUCAUUCCCAGAUGUCCUGAAACUGAUCAUGAUUGAAGAGCGUGGUCUAGAGGCAAAGAGGAGCAAAUCUGAUGACUUAAUUACCACUAUGCCUACAGAUGGUUGAUAUUGAUAUUUGUGAACAACUGGAUGAUGGAUGUAAGGUUUACACCUCAGUAACUUUACUGUUAUUUUCUUACAUUUGAGUAACUAUGGCAGUGUGAUUUAAAAAAAAUUCUACUUCUGAGUGCUGGUUUUGGUGUCCGUGUCUCAGAGUUAGUUCAGUCAUUUCUUUAUGAAUAUUUAAAAAUACAUUUGUUCUUGUGGGGGGUGGGAGGAGGGGGAAAAUUGAAUUUUUUUUUCUUUUUGGUUGUUUUUAUUUGGGAGGGGGGGCUUGAGGAAGAGGGGCUAAUUGAUUUAAGCACUUUCAAAACUUCCUGAUGGUUUUAGCGCUGUGGCGUCAUAAACGGUCAGCGAUGCCGACAGCAUGCAGGAACUCAACACUUGCCCUGGGGUCCUUAAAAAGUGCUUUAAGUGGGUUGCUGAAAUGUCCCAGCAGACGGGUUCUGGCACGAUAGUUGAAAUUGUGUUGGAAUUGCAGUUAUCUAUAAAAACAAGAUAAAUAUUAAGCAAGUCCAAAGUUUUCAGUCAGGUUCCUACUACUCAGGAGGAUUACAACCGUUUGAAUGCAAGUGUGCCAGUCCUGUCAAGUACUCCGAUAAAAUUAAAGCUCUUUAAUUUUUUCCCCCCAUAAAAAUACCCCUAACAGAUUUGCAGCAGAUUGAUAUUUUUUCUUGCAUUCAGAUUGUGUCCGUUCAGAUGCAAUUUAUCAUAAAUAACACAAAAGUACUAAUUUUUGUUUGUGUUUAUUUGUGUGCUUUUGCAAUGUACGUUUAUUUGUAUUGGUCGGUUUGUUAUGUGAUCUGAAUCUACUGGGGUUAAGAAGAAGACCACAGGUUUUUUUUCUUUUUUACAAACUCCUACAUUUUGGGAAUGUUUUGAGGAAAACUUUAUAUUUGCAGUCAUGGAGUGCUUGAUAGGUCUGAUACAUUCACGCACUGACAAUUCUCUUUUUUUAUGCUCAAAGUUAUCUACAAAUAUGAUUCUAUGAAAUAGAUUGGUUGAGCAAAGUCAAAGCAUUAUUUUUCUUGAUUUAUAUUUGCUCAGUAUUUUUUAAAUUCCAGUUCAUUGUUGCUUUUGUGCUUUGUUCAUUUUACCUCCUGUCCGUGACUCUAUGAUCUGGUCUCCUAUAUAUAUAUACCUCAGUAGGAACAUGAGUUGGACGCAAAUUAUUAUUGGAGGGGCAAGGAGCUUUUCUUUAAAAUGGCCAGCUUGUUAUUUGGUUCUGUGUGGCAUUAUGUAAACAGAAACCAUACUUCUCAUAUUAUGUAUUUGGGAUGCUGAAAAAUAUCAGCCUAUGAUGGUGCAUCCCAGGAUACAACAUCUUCUUGAAUUUUAGAAUGUAUGGUGCCUAUCAGGGUAUUUACAAAAUAUACUGUAUUAUUUUCAGCCUCCUGAUUAGGGAUAUGUGCUAUAAAAAUGCAUUUACUUAUUAUUAGUUAAUGAGUUAAUUUAUUUUUUUUGGUUGUAUUUUUCCAUUUUUGGGCCCAGUUAGUGUUUUUGUACCAUUUGAUAUCAACAUAAAUAAUUAGUUGGAGGGGAGUCUCUUUGUCCUCCUAUGAGAUUUGUUUGCUGUUUUAAUUUUCCUUUGCAUGUACUUACAAUGGCUUUGUCCCAACUUCUAUUUAGGUCUUAAGAAAGGCACUAUAAUCUUUAACAUGGGCAUAGCAAAAUCAGUGGUCGCGGAAUUCUUUUCAUUAUGUAUGUACAAAUUUCACUAUGUGCGUGUUUUGAAUGCAAAGAAAA